AUGGAUCAGAGAGUUCAGUGCCCUGUGUGCACUCUGUACCUACACAGUGGGAUGACCCUAGAGUCUCAUUUGGAUACACAUCCUAAGGACCAGGUUAUAAAAGCAUUAUGUAGUUUGUCAGCAAAAAGUAGCAGCUAUGGAAGUCGCACUCCAACACCAUCACAUUCUGAAUGUUCAUAUAGAAGUAGAUCUCGUACGCCAGUAGUAGAUGACAGCAUACGUUGGAUGGGCUCUCAUCGUAGUUUAGACAGCGACAGGUACUGGCGGAGAACACCCAGUAGAAAUAAAUGUACUCCAAUGUCAAACAUAUCAAGAAACAUUACACCUGAUGUUAGAUUUGGAGAAAUAAAUUUUGAAAAUAACCCUGUGAACCAGGGAGAUCAGUAUCCUGAGCCCGCAUAUGCUAUGAAGUCUGAUAAAAUGCAGCAAACAUAUGUUCCAAACAUUCAGGUGUCUGAUUUUGACCAACAAUAUCCAUACUACCCUGAGCAGCAAGAAGACCGUGAGGUUAAGUAUUCUCGCAGUUCUGAAUAUUCUUCAAUAGAUAAUGCAAGUAAUGUAUUCACAUAUAAUAUGCCACCAAUGGGACCUGUUCCUAAUCCUAAGCCUCCUCCAUCGGUUGCACCUACACUUUUACCACCGAAGAAAAACAGUGAUUUUGUUAAAUUAUUGUCUAAACCUGAUCUUGUCAAAUUACUGCCAAAGUCUAAUAAUAUUCUUUUUAAAACAAAUAUGAGUGGAGUACAAUAUUUAGCACCGAGUGUUAAUGUAGUCAUGCCAACAACACCAACGUUUGUUCAAAAGAAUGUUCAAAAUAACAUGAUAAUGUCUGGAAAUAUACCCACAACUCAAAUACUAGAUGCCAAAGCAGUACCACAAUCUAUAGCUUCAAAUCAGUAUAACCAAAUGCCAUCAAGUAAUUUGUCACCGGGCACAACAGUUGUCACACAAAACUCACAGAUCAUUUAUAGGGAAAUGGUUCAUAACAUAGAUGGAAAACCGUUUAUUUCAAGCAUGCCUACAGUACUUGGUGGGCAUGGUAAUGUUGCAAAUGUUGCACAGAGUAGUUCUAUGUACCAGAAUGUAAUGGUAGUUGAUCAGUUUGGAAAUACUUCAUGUAUGUAUGCAGGUCCUCAACAAAUUCUUCAAAAGCCUUGUAAUGCAUCUGUUUACACUGAAAAUGCAUCACUUCUGCCCAAUACACCAAUGGAUAAGUCUGUGGCUAAUGUUGUAAAUGAAAGCAACAAAACUCUUAUAAUAGAAGUAAGCCCUAUUGUUUCUUCAGCUGCAGUUACAGUCUGUGAUGCAAGCACAAGUGCAUCACUUCCAUUGUCUUCAGAUAUCAAUGAUGUUAGUAAAAAGGAGCUGGAAAGGACAGAAUUGAAGAGUGAGCCAUCUGGAACAAAUAAAGGCCUUAAAAUCCUUAGUAACAUAAAGGUGGAAGUUCCAGUUCAACAUAAUAAAAGUAUGUUGAACACAAUAAUGGAUCUUACUGGAACAAAUGAUCAAGAAUAUCCAGACAGAUCCCUCACACCCGAAAAGAUUUUGCCACAUAUUGAAGACAAUAACCAGAAUUACUCAGAUGAUUGUACACAGCCAUCUGUAGCAAGUGGUGAUAGCAUGACAUCUAAUACUUUUUCUGUGAUAAAGAAUGUAGGAAAUCCUCCAUCAUACAAAGAUUCACCUUCCAAGUCUAGUGUAGUAGGUAGUAAAAUUGAAACAGAAUUUUCUGAUAGUUGCCCUGUACCUGAUUUAAUUUGUAACGAGAAACCCUCAAUUUCACCCUGUAGUGAAUUAUCUGAACACGGGGACAAUUCAAUAGACAAUGCGCCUGUAUCUCCUAAACCCGAUAGUACUAGUAGUCAAAGCAAUGCUGAAAGUAAUGCAGAAACUGAAAGGAAAUUCCCUCAUAAAUCUUUCAGAAAUAAUGCACUAAGAUUGAAUAACAUAUAUGUUAAGAAACACAAAAAAAUUCUGCAGAUCAAAAAUGCUAAGACAUCUUUAAAGGCUGGUACAUCCAAAGAACAUGAUAGAGAACCUGUAGCUUCCUCAUCUUUAAGUAGAACACCAGAAAAUUUUAGUAUAAAUAAAAUUCAUCAUACUGAUCAAACCGAAUCUAAAGCCAGCACAUUACAAACUGUAUCUAUUGAGAAGCUGAGGGAUAAUGAUCAGAGUGAGUUUGAUGCAGAUACUGAGGAGCAAUCAAUGGAUAUAGAACCUACUGCACCGUCGAGUUUAAAUGACACUAAUCAAUAUUCCAAUAAUGUAGAUGUGCAUGUAAAAGAAGAAAUAAACACAAGUGAUGAGGGGUGUUUUAGCAAUCCUGAAAGAUUAGUCCGAAAUAUGACUUCAAUGGAGAGCCUUCGACCUUUGAAUGUUAUAGCAUAUGGAAACAUGGUUCCUAGUGAUUUUGAAGAUGAAUCAAACCACAGAGAACUUUUAGAUUUGGAGGCAGCAUCUAAAAACAAGCAGUUUGUUAAUAUGAUGAAUGAGAAUUAUUUUGGUGAUAACAUUUACGCUGACUAUUUUACACCAGAUAGAGUUGAAUCAUUUGAUGCAGAAAAAGAAUCAGGUUAUAAAGAAGGUCCAAAAGAUGGAAUAUAUAUCUGGGGUGAGCCGUCUCAGAAAGAAUCUGAGUUUGUUCUUCCAAAUUUUAUUCAUGAAAGUUAUAAAAUAGCAGAGUGCAAUGAGCCUGAUUAUUCCGGUAUUGAGAAUGGGGUGCAUAAUAUAAAUGGCAAUGGGGAUAUUCAUGAGCGAGAUAGUAAAGUUGACAUGUUGAGUGAGAGUAGGAGUGAUGGCGAGACUCCAUUGAACAUUUGUGCGGAUGAGCGCAUGCCACCCAGGGGAGAGCUUAGCGGCCAAGAGAGUAAUGGCGACAUGGAAUCACCGUGGAGUGGGAUGUACAACGAGGUUACGCCUUCGGAGCCCUACGACUUGAUGGCGCGUGAAAGUUGGGUGUCUGACGGUUCCGACGUGGACGCCAAUGAAAAGAGGGAUAAUAUAGAAGACCUGCAAUUUACGAAGAGCAAACUCUACACCUGCUCUCAAUGUGGUGCCAAGUAUCCAUCAUUGAAGGAGUUGCGUACACACAAAACAUUGUCACACUCCCUGCCUACGUGUUCCAACGUGAAGACUACAUACAGUCGUCUAGUUAAUGCACGUAACAUUAAGAAAGAAGAGAAACCCGACAAGAAUGCUUUGGAAAAGAAUCUCUUGGCCAUAGCUGACUCCAAAGAAUCAAUGGCUACUACAAUGAUGCACGUGUAUGAUGCCAUUGCUGAAGCUAAACCAGCUAUAGUGGGUCUUAUUAAACAAGAAACUAAGAGGAGAAGGAAGGAUUUUGUUUGUCCGACAUGUAAGGUGGACCAGGAGACGGAUGCAGCCUUCCAUGCUCACCUCAAGAUACAUCCGUUGGAGUGCCUCACGUGUGGAAAAUGCUUCUUCAGAAGAGCAAACUUGGCCCUUCACAUAAAAACCCACUUGGGAAUCAAGAAUUUUAAAUGCGACUUGUGCGAGAAACGGUUCGCGACUCGGCAGAAGUUGACGGAGCACCACAACGUGCACACGGGCCGCACUCCCAUCAAGUGCACCGUCUGCGACGACACCUUCCGCCGCUACUCCAACAUGGUGCAGCACAGGGAUCGCCACCACUUCCAUAAAAGAGCUAAAGUGCGCGAUUACGUGUGCCAUUGCGGGGCGGUGUUCCAUUCGAGGGCGAAGCUCCAGUGGCACAAAGAGACGCACGAGGAGAAGCCGAAGUCGUGUCUGUACUGCAGUGACAAAUUUGUCCACGCGUCGUCGCUCACGAGACACGUUCGUCGCACACACAACGAAUACUACCUCUCGGAUAAGUUGAAGGGGAAAGUGGAGAAUGUGCCUUGUCCUAUUUGCAAGCAGAUGUAUCUGCGUACCAAUCUACGCGCUCACCUGCUAACUCACAGCGGAAAGAAGCCGUUCCCUUGCAUUGUGUGCAACAAGUCGUUCACAACAAAGUGGAACCUGAAGCUGCACCGCUGGACGCACAUGAGCCGCUCGGCCAAACCGUUCAAGUGCCACCUGUGCAAAGGCGCUUUCAUACGCCAAACCGAAUACAUAUCACACAUGAACUCUCACAAGUCCCUACGGCCCUACACGUGCAAUUACUGCGGCUGUCAGUUCAUCAGAAAAUAUAACUGCCAACGUCACGUUAGAGAGCACGAGAUGGCGAAGAAAUAUGUGUGUAAAGUGCCAGAGUGCGGGAAAUCGUUUCACAGGAGUUAUUACCUGUCCGAACAUAUGAAAGUGCAUAGUGGGGCCAGGCCCUUCUCGUGUAAUAUAUGCGGUAAAACGUCAAGCAAUAAGUCAAACCACAAUAAGCACGUGAAGAUUCAUCACGCGAGGGAACCGGUCGCCACUGAGGCGUAG